UAAACUUUCCUGUUGCUGCUCUCUCCGGGCUUCCUGGUAAAUGUGUUUCUGCUCAGACUGCAGUGAUAUUGACUGCAUUGCAGGCACACGCAUACUUCGCUCAGGUUCCUUAAUUAGCUUCAUCUUAUUUUAGUUUGUGUAAACCAUGUUCUCUUUUUAUUACAUAAACUAUUUCUUCUCUCUCAACCACUUGUGGUGCUCCAGGCAGUUUGCUUCCAAACCAGAGGGCUAAAUUUAAUCCCCCACUCCCCAUUCAGCUUUCUCCUUUUGCAGUAUUAUUUUUUUUUGUAUUUUUUUUCUUUUCUUUUUUUGGGUUGGUUUGAGGUUUUUUUUUUUCCCCUCUUUCCAAGAGGCUGGGCUUCCUUUUCUGUCCAUAAGCCCUCCUAUUUCCCCCUGCCCCCUGGAUGCCUGCCUACCUUUACUCUAAAAUCCAGAGGAGGAUCCAAUACACUUAGUUUGCCAGCUCUUCAAGAGGUAUCUAAGGAGGCUGACAGGAGUUUGAUGGUCUCUCUUGCAGCCAGUGGCAGCUAACGUGGUCUGAAACCCUCUCUCUCUUUUUUUGCCAUUCACACACAGUACUUACUCUUCGAGCCUGCUGCUGCUGCCACUGCCUGAAAGGACCUGAAAUACCACACAGGGAAUUCUGAUUUCUUCUGGGGAACCAGGGAAAGGACAAAAAGAAAGGCAGGAAAACUCAUCUGGAGAUUGUGAAGAAGACAUACAGUAACAGCAAGAAGUGGCAAGCUCUUUCCUUCUUGAAUGCUGAAAAAGACCUCGUUUCUCUGCCAGGUGUAUGGGACUUAGAUUCUGGAAGCACUGCACUGAACUGUUAAAGGUAAACUAUGACCACUUUACUAUUAGUGUUUGUGUGUUUGCAAGUCAUCACCGCAGCCACCUCUGUGGAGCUCUCAGACAGUAGUGAUGGCCUGGAAGUCAAGAUACCUGAGCAGUCACCCCUGCGUGUUAUCCUGGGAAGCUCCCUGAACAUCCCGUGUUACUUCAACAUCCCAGAGGAACAGGACACCAGCGCUCUACUAACACCACGGAUCAAAUGGAGCAAGCUCUCCAAUGGAACCGAAGUCGUCUUGCUAGUGGCUACCGGUGGGAAAAUCCGGCUCAACACCGAGUACAGGGAGGUGAUCUCUUUGCCCAAUUACCCAGCCAUCCCCACUGAUGCCACUUUGGAAAUCAAGGCCCUGAGAUCCAACCACACUGGGAUUUAUCGCUGUGAAGUGAUGUAUGGGAUUGAGGACAGACAAGACACAAUAGAGGUCAUAGUGAAAGGCGUCGUAUUCCACUACAGAGCCAUCUCCACAAGGUACACCUUGAACUUUGAGAAAGCAAAGCAGGCCUGUAUCCAGAACAGCGCUGUCAUUGCUACUCCUGAGCAGCUGCAAGCUGCCUAUGAGGAUGGGUACGAGCAGUGUGAUGCUGGCUGGCUGGCUGAUCAGACUGUCAGGUACCCCAUCCACUGGCCCCGGGAGCGCUGCUAUGGUGACAAGGAUGAAUUUCCAGGAGUGAGGACCUAUGGCAUCCGUGAGCCAGAUGAAACCUAUGAUGUUUACUGCUAUGCAGAGCAAAUGCAAGGUAAAGUCUUUUAUGCCACCGCCCCCGAGAAGUUCACCUUCCAAGAAGCUUUUGACAAGUGCCGCAGCCUGGGGGCCCGUUUGGCCACCACCGGGGAGCUGUACCUGGCCUGGAAGGACGGCAUGGAUGUGUGCAGUGCCGGCUGGCUGGCCGAUCGCAGCGUCCGCUACCCCAUCUCCAGAGCACGGCCCAACUGCGGAGGGAACCUGGUGGGAGUGCGCACAGUGUACCUGUACGUCAACCAGACCGGGUACCCUCACCCCAGCUCUCGCUACGAUGCCAUCUGCUAUAGUGGGGAUGGCGUUGAGACUCUGGUGCCAGGGCAGUUCAUUGACGAGACUGGAAGCGAGCUGGGCAGCGCUUUCACUGUGCAGACCGUCACCCGCACCGAGGUGGAGCUGUCACUGCCCCGCAACGCCACCGAGGAGGAGGCCCGCGGCAGCAUCGCCACGCUGGAGCCCAUGGACAUCACCCCCACCGCCACCGAGCUCUAUGAGGGCUUCACAGUCCUGCCCGACCUCUUUGCCACCGGUGUCACAGUAGAGACAGAGGCCCCAGAGGAGGAGAACGUGACCAGGGAGGAUGUCACGGGGGUGUGGGCUGUGCCUGAAGGGGUCACCACCAUCACCUUAGGCACUGCCAUCACUACCGAAGCGGCAGAGGUGAGCACGGUGGAAGAGGCCCUGGGGGGGACAGCCACACCAGGGCUGGAGCCAGCUUCAGUGUUCACAGUGGAAGAUCAGCUCGUGCAAGUGACAGCAGUGCCCGGUGUUGGUCUCCUCCCCGAGCAGCCCAUCUCCCCCACGGGUGUGGUGUUUCACUACCGUGCUGGCACCAGCAGAUACGCCUUCUCCUUCGUCCAAGCCCAAGAGGCCUGCCUGGAGAACAACGCUGUUAUCGCCACUCCAGAACAGCUCCAGGCUGCCUACGAGGCUGGGUUUGACCAGUGUGAUGCCGGCUGGCUGCGGGACCAGACGGUCAGGUAUCCCAUUGUGAACCCCCGAAGUAACUGUGUAGGAGACAAAGAGAACUCUCCGGGCGUACGGUCGUAUGGCAUGCGCCCAGCCUCAGAGACCUAUGAUGUGUACUGCUACAUCGACAGGCUCAAGGGCGAGGUGUUCUUUGCAACCCAGCCAGAGCAGUUCACCUUCCUAGAGGCUCAGCAGCACUGUGAGAGCCAAAACGCCACACUGGCCUCUGUUGGCCAGCUCCACGCCGCCUGGAAGCAGGGUCUGGACAGAUGCUAUGCUGGCUGGUUAGCCGACGGCAGCCUCCGCUAUCCCAUUGUGAGCCCCCGUCCUGCCUGCGGAGGGGAUGCGCCUGGUGUGAGAACCAUCUACCAGCACUACAACCAGACGGGCUUUCCAGACCCACUGUCCCGGCAUCACGCCUUCUGCUUCAGAGCUCUGCCACCUGCGGAGGAGGAAGGGGUCACCUUGUUCUUUGAAGAUGUGCUGGCAACCCAAGUGAUCCCUGGAGUGGAGGGGGUACCCUCUGGGGAGGAGGUGACUGUGGAGACAGAGUUUGCCACUCAACCUGAGAAUCAGACAGCCUGGGGGACUGAGGUGUUCCCAACCGAUGUGUCGCUGCUCUCAGUGACCCCAUCUGCUUUUCCUCCUGCUACCAUAAUACCAGAGGAAACAGCUACGGAUGCUUCUGUCAGCGAAGUGUCAGGGGAGGUGACUGAGUCUGGAGAGCAUCAAGUCAGUGGUGAAUCUUCAGCAUCUGGCUGGGUAUCCGGAGUCCCGGAUACAAGCGGAGAACCGUCUUCUGGAGUUUUUGGAGUUGGUGGAGAACACUCAGGGAUUGGAGAAAGUGGAUUACCAUCAGUAGACCUGCAUACCAGCGGCUUUCUACCUGAAGAAAGUGGGCUACCCUCAGGGGACCUGAGUGGUGUGACUUCUGGUACUGUUGACAUCAGUGGCUUAUCUUCUGCAGAGGAAGACGUAUCAGUGUCUAUUUCAAGGAUACCAGAGAUUAGUGGGAUGCCAUCUGGAGUGGAAAGCAGUGGGCUGCCUUUUGGAUUUAGUGGAGAAACAGCUGGCACUGAACUAGUCAGUGGCAUGUCAUCUGGAGAAGAAAGCGGACUCGCCUCUGGUUUUCCUACUGUCUCUCUUGUGGAUACCACAUUGGUGGAAGUUGCAACAACAGCACCGGAGCGGCGAGAGGAGGGAAAAGGAUCCAUUGGAGUCAGCGGUGAAGGAGACCUCUCAGGGUUCCCGUCCGCUGAGUGGGACACAAGUGGCAGAGCCCAAGGGUUACCCCUGGGAGAAGAGCUCAGCGGGGAGCCCUCUGGAGGGCCUGAGCUCAGUGGGGAACCUUCUGGGGUACCUGAGCUCAGUGGGGAACCUUCUGGGGUACCUGAGCUCAGUGGGGAGCCCUCUGGAAGGUCUGAGCUCAGUGGGGAGCCUUCUGGGGUACCUGAGCUCAGUGGGGAGCCCUCUGGAGGGCUUGAGCUCAGUGGGUUGCCCUCAGGACUGGAUAUCAGUGGAGAACCAUCUGGAACGCAUGAGAUCAGUGGUCUGGUGGACAUAAGUGGCCUUCCUUCUGGUACUGAUGGAAGCGGUGAGGCCUCAGGCAUUACCUUUGUAGAUGCCAGUUUGGAAGAAGUGACCACAGCCCCCUCAGUUACUGGAGCAGAAGCAAAAGAGAUCUUGGAAAUCAGUGGGUUGCCUUCAGGAGGUGAACAUGCAUCAGGCAUGGCAUCCGGGAGCUCAGACAUCAGUGGGGAGCCUUCCGGGCACGUGGACUUUGGUGGGAGUGCUUCUGGAGUGUUCGAGAUGAGCGGGCACCCAAGUGGAGUCAUUGACAGCAGUGGAGAAGUCUCUGGAGUCGAUGUCACCAGUGGGCUACUGUCGGGAGAGGGAAGUGGACUCACCUCUGGCUUUCCCACAGUCUCUCUUGUGGAUACGACUUUGAUAGAAGCUGUAACACAGACAUCAGUUGCACAGGAGGUGGGAGAAGGGCCGUCUGGGGUAAUAGAGAUCAGUGGAUUUUCCUCUGGAGACAGAGGACUCUCUGGAGAAGGGUCUGGAGCCGUGGAGACCAGUGGGUUUCCUUCAGGGACGGGAGACUUCAGCGGAGAGCUAUCAGGGAUUCCGUACAUCACUGGAGACACUCCUGGAACCACAGAUCUAAGUGGCCAAUCUUCAGCAGUGACUGACGUUAGUGGGGAGGCCUCAGGGCUUCCAGAAGUCACUUUGGUCACUUCUGAUCUAGAAGAAGUUGUGACAAGGCCAACAGUAUCACAGGAGCUGGGUGGGGAAACAGCCGUCACAUUUCCCUAUGGUUUUGGGCCAAGUGGUGAGGCCUCUGCAUCUGGUGAACUAAGUGGGGAAACAUCCGCAUUGCCAGAAAGUGGUGUAGAAACAUCAACAGCUUAUGAAAUCAGUGGUGAGACACCUGCAUUUCCUGAAACUGGUAUAGAAACAUCCACGACUCAAGAAAUCAGUGGUGAAACAUCUGCAUUUCAUGAAACUAGUGUAGAAACAUCCACAGUUCACAAAAUCAGUGGGGAGACGUCUGCCUUUCCUGAAUUCAGCAUAGAAACAUCAACAAUUCCAGAAGUCAGUGGGGAAACAUCUGCAUUUCCAGAAGUGUUCAUAGAAACAUCCACAAGUCAAGAAGCCAGGGGUGAAACAUCUGGCUACCCUGAAAUCGUCAUAGAAACAUCCACUGCUCCAGAAGUAAGUGGGGAAACCUCUGCGUUUCCUGAAAGCAGCACAGAAACAUCCACAAUACAAGAAAUCAGUGGGGAAGCAUCCGCACUUCCUGAGAUUAGAAUAGAAACAUCCACAAGUCAAGACAUCAGUGGGGAAACGUCUGCAUUUCCUGAAAUCAGAAUAGAAACGUUUACAAGUCAAGAAGCCAGGGGUGAGACGUCUGCUUACCCCGAAAUCAGCAUAGAAACAUCCACAGUCCAUGAAACCAGUGGGGAAACAUCUGCCUUUCCUGAAAUCAGCAUUCAAACCUCAACAGUCCAUGAAAUCAGUGGAGAAACGUCUGCCUUUCCUGAAAUUACCAUAGAAACUUCAACAGUCCAUGAAAUCAGUGGAGAAAGUUCUGCAUUUCCUGAAAUCAGAAUAGAAACAUCCACAAAUCAAGAAGCCAGGGGUGAAACAUCUGCCUCUCCUGAAAUCAGUAUAGAAACAUCCACAGUCCAUGAGACUAGUGGGGAAUCAUCUGCCUUUCCUGAAAUCAGCAUAGAAACAUCAACAGUCCACGAAAUCAGUGGGGAAACAUCUGCAUUUCCUGAAAUCAGCAUAGAGACUUCAACGAUCCGUGAUAUUAGUGGGGAAACUUCUGCCUUUCCUGAAAUUAGCAUAGAAACUUCAGCAGUCCAUGAAAUCAGUGAAGAAACAUCUGCCUUUCCUGAAAUUAGAAUAGAAACAUCCACAAGUCAAGAAGCCCGAGGUGAAACGCCUGCAUUUCCCGAGAUCAGAAUAGAAACUUCUACAGUCCAUGAAAUCAGUGGGGAAACAUCUGCAUUCCCUGGGAUUAGCAUAGAAACACCAACGAGUCAAGAAGCCAGGGGUGAAACAUCUGCCUAUCCUGAAAUCAUCAUAGAAACAUCCACAGUUCAAGAAGUAAGUGGGGAAACGUCUGCGUUUCCUGAAGUCAGAAUAGAAACAUCCACAAACCAAGAAGCCCGGGGUGAAACAUCUGCAUUUCCUGAGACCAGCAUAGAAACAUCUACAGUCCACGAAACCAGUGGGGAAACAUCUGCAUUUCCUGAAAUCAGCAGGGAAACAUCCACAGUCCAUGAAACCAAUGGAGAAGCAUCUUCAUUGCCUGCUGCUAACAUCGAUACAGUUGCUAACAUAGACAUAGCUGCCACAUCUUUGGCCAGUAGUGAGCCCACUGGUGCUCCUGAGAAGGAAACUCCUGACACAACAUCUGGAUCUGUGACGCACUCAAUUGCAGGGGAAGUCUCUGUCCCAGACAUUGUAAUUAGUACCAGCGCUCCAGAUGUGGAACCAACACAAGGACCCAGGAACCUUGAAGAAGCUCAGCUCGAAAUAGAGCCCUCCCCUCCCGCGGUGUCAGGACAAGAGACGGAGGCAGUAGUUGUUCUAGACAAUCCCCAUCUGCUGGCCACCGCUACUGCUGCCCUGCCUCAAGUCCCACAAGAAGCAAUAGACACAUUAGGACCCACUACAGAAGACACUGAUGAGUGCCACUCAAGCCCCUGUCUGAAUGGAGCUACCUGCGUUGAUGGCAUCGACUCUUUCAAAUGCUUAUGCCUUCCCAGCUACGGAGGGGACCUGUGUGAGAUCGACCAGGAAAACUGUGAGGAAGGCUGGACCAAGUUCCAAGGCCACUGCUAUAGGCACUUUGAAGACAGGGAGACUUGGAUGGAUGCAGAGGCCAGAUGCCGACAACAUCAAGCCCACCUGAGCAGUAUCAUCACCCCAGAGGAGCAAGAGUUUGUAAACAGCCAUGCACAGGACUACCAGUGGAUUGGCCUCAGUGACAGAGCUGUGGAGAAUGAUUUCCGCUGGUCCGAUGGGCACUCCCUGCAAUUUGAGAACUGGAGGCCCAACCAACCCGAUAACUUCUUUGCGGCGGGUGAGGACUGCGUGGUGAUGAUCUGGCACGAGCAAGGCGAAUGGAACGAUGUUCCCUGCAACUAUCACCUCCCUUUCACCUGCAAGAAAGGAACAGUGGCCUGUGGGGACCCCCCUAUGGUGGAGAACGCCAGGACCUUUGGUCGGAAGAAGGACCGCUAUGAAAUCAACUCCAUGGUGCGAUACCAGUGCGACCAAGGCUACAUCCAGCGCCACGUGCCCACGAUCCGGUGCCAGCCCAACGGGCAGUGGGAGGAGCCGCGGAUAUCCUGCAUAAACCCCUCCAACUACCAGCGCAGGCUAUACAAAAGGAGCCCUAGGAGCCAGUCGAGACCCAGCGGCAGAGCCGUGCACAGACCCACCCAUUAGAGCGGGGCCAGAGAGAGACACCGAAAGUGAGAAACAGAGAUUUUUAACGGAACACUUCUAUUAACAGAGUCGAUUUCUCUUCUUCUUCUUCUUGUUGCUUUUUUUGUUGUUGUCAUAUAAGGAAAAACAAAAAUUAUAUUAAAGACAAACCCACCUUUGUGUAUAUAUAUAAAAAACAAUAAUUAAUGCGUUUUUUCCAAGCACCAAAGCAAAGCAAAUUAGAUCUCAGCAUUUUUACUAACUGUCCGGUUCCAAUUAUCUUCGUGCCUUCGGGGACAGGGAGGGGGGUGGGU